AUGACCAUGGACAACCGAGGAUUAAGCGUUUACGGUGCAGAGGGCGUCGCAUCCCUCAGUACCGGCGCGGUGAAGAGUAGUCGACCAGGCUACCUCGCGUCGUUAUCUUACGACUGGGAGAACCCCAGGGUGGACCACCAGGCCCCCGGGUUAAGCAAUGCGCCUGGGGAAGAGACGUCUGUAGCGGGGACCUCCUCCGCUGCGGCGUCCUCCGGCGUCAGCCCGUCGUCUGGUUGGAGAGGGUGCUCCGCUCCGGCCGCCUCGUGGCGGCUGCAGACGCGUCCGGCACUGGCGCUGACUGCGACGGGUCAGUCAGCUCGGUCCUGCAAGCCCCUCAAGGGCGAAGAGGAGCUGGCGGCGGAGAUGCGCCACGCGCCGACCGCCGAACUGGGCUCUCGGAUUUUCGAGAGUUCGGAGGCGGUCCUGAGGGUUGCGAAAUGCUCCAACAAACUUCAGGGGCCGAUGGUGCGCCAGCUGCGAAUUGCAGCGGACACCAUCAGACACGCUACCGUCGAACAGGCGAAGCGUGUCAAGACCUUGGCCCGAGAGGUGGAGCUAGAGCAGACGGUCGCCGAGCUCAGGGCCCGCGUGACCGAGCUGGGAGCCCGGCUUGCGCAUGGCCCGGUCGCGCCUGCCGCGGUGCCGUCGUUGCCGUCGCCCGUCGAUCCGGCGAUAUCGGUGCCGGUGCCUCCUUCGCGGCCGAGUGCGUCCUCGACGACGAGGUCGAGUCGGCCUGCUGCCUCGAGGCCUGCGCCCGCCGGUCCGUCGCGGAAGCCUGCGAUGGGCGGCGCGACCCUCGCGCCGGACGUGGACGUCGAGGGCCUCAUCCGUCGCCUCUGCGGCGAGAUGGAGGUGCGCCUCGCGGCGCACCUGGGGGCGGUCUCGCUGGUGGCCGCUGCGAGCGGAGCUCCGCGGCGGGUGCCGCGGGCCACGCAGCGCCCUCCUGCGGGUCCCUCCCAACCUGCCCCCUCGGCGGUGGGGAGUCACCCCUGGACAGUCAGCGGGGAGCCCGCGAAAAAAAAGACAGGCAGGAAGAGGAGCGAGAAGAAGCAAGCGGGUGGCGCCGCUGCCCAUCUUGCUCCGGCCUUGCCGGGCCGAGACCGGCCCCGUGCCGCGCCUGCCCCGGCUGCGUCUCGGGCGAGUCUGCGUCGCGCCCUCCCUGACCCGUCCGGCCCCUGA